UCUUCUCUCUUCAUUUUGAAAACCUUCAAAUACUCAAACUCUGGGUAACCUGAAAAUCAUUGAAACCGAAACCUGCCAAUAUUCUAAAAAUGAAAACCGUUGUACCCUUUCGAUUCUUUCUCUCCAUUCUUGUUGUUCUCCUCCUUCCUCACUCGUAUUCUUGUACAUUCACCAUAACAAACAACUGUCCUUAUACAAUUUGGCCUGGUACACUGGCUGGUGCAGGAACACCACAACUGCCGACUACCGGAUUUGAACUAGGUUCCGGCGUAAGUGUCAGGAUCCCCUCAACUCCAGGAUGGUCAGGUAGGAUUUGGGCAAGAACAGGUUGUACAUUUGAUCAGACAGGACUUGGUGUCUGUCAGACGGGAGAUUGCGGUGGAAGGCUAGAGUGCAGCGGAGCUGGUGCAACACCUCCUGCAUCCCUUUUUGAGAUAACUAUGGGAAAGGGAGACGACAAAGAUUUCUAUGAUGUUAGCAUUGUAGAUGGAUAUAAUCUGCCUCUCAUUGCAACACCUCAGACAGACAUAGGUGGAUGCAAUGCAACUGGUUGUGUUUAUGAUCUGAAUCUAGGUUGCCCGAAAGAGCUGCAGGUAGUGCAGCGUCUGAAUGAGGCUGGUGUUAUUGGUUGUAAGAGUGCAUGUGAGGCAUUUGGAUUAGAUCAGUACUGCUGUGCGGGCGAGUUUGCAAACCCAAACACUUGCAGACCCUCUGUAUACUCCACAAUCUUCAAAAGGGCUUGUCCCAGGGCAUACAGCUAUGCUUUUGAUGACGGCACCAGUACUUUCACUUGCAAAGCAAUCGAAUAUAACAUCACUUUCUGCCCUACACAAAUCGGAGUGGGGAGGCAAGAUGAUGGAGUCAAUUCUGAGCCAAUACGUGACAACAGUUACGGAGAGGUUGUGGCAGUGGUUCCAUCCUCUUCGAACAAUCUAGCAUUCCCGAAGUCGGUUAUUCUUCUACUCAUCCUUACAUUUUUCUAGACCGUUUGAGCUCUGGCAUCUGCGAUGCAGUUAUAGGAACUGCAUUUUAUAAAGAAUCUUAUUAGCAAAUAGCUCAAAUUAGCUAACAUAGCGGAAAAAGAAUGGAUUGCUUACCCUUCUUGUAAAUUUGUGGAGAAUGUAAGAAACCGAUAUAGUGUAUAGAAAAUGAUACAAGUAAAUAUCUUGGUUUCUUUGUAAAGUAUUUAUUUACUGUUCUAAAGUUGUGCUUAAUUUUAAAAA